CCUCAGGGAACGUUCUCCAGAAAACCGCCAUCAUGCCCAAAAUCGCAAUGCCGGAGACGGAUGACAAGAUGCGGGCCUUUGCCGAAAAGGUCUUUGCAGCUGAAGUCAAAGAUGAGAACGUUCGUGAUGAGGUCUCCAUGUUCGACGUGGCAGAGUGUCCAAUCCUCAAUCAGGAGCUGGCCAAGCAUCUGCAAGAUCAUGAUGAUGUGGAGAAGCGCAAGAGGCACCACCGUAUCUGCACCAUGUCCUUGCCUUCCGCUGCAGUCAAGAAUGGAGACCCUCCCUCUGUAGUGUCGGUGCAGGUGGACACCCCCACAUACCUGGAAGUACCGGACUUCCAGAGAGUAGCUGUCAUUGGAGACUAUGCUGCUGGGGUGACCAUGGAUGACUUUGAGCUGUCCUGUAAAGGUCUGUACCGUGCGCUGACCAUCAGAGAGAAGUACAUGAGGUUGGCCUAUCAGCGCUACCCUCGCACUGCCUCCACAUACCUGCGCGAGAUCGAGGGAGAGACCUUCAGACCUGAGGACCAGGUGCAGCCAGUGUUCACUCCUCCUCCGAAGAAUGGAGAGGACCCUUUUGACCCCAAGGACCUUCCUCCAAACCUGGGCUACGUGGCCCGCAUGAAGGAUGGCGUGAUCUAUGUGUACAACGACGCUGCUGCUGCAGACAAACACCAGCCCAAAGACCUGCCCUGCCCUGACUAUAACACCUUCAUCGAUGACAUGAAUUUCCUCAUUGCUCUCAUCGCACAAGGCCCAACUAAGACUUACACACAUCGUCGUCUGAAGUUCCUCAUGUCUAAGUUCAAUGUGCAUGAGAUGCUGAAUGAGAUGGAGGAGAUGAAGGAGCUGAAGAUCAACCCCCACAGAGACUUCUACAAUGUCAGAAAGGUUGACACUCACAUCCAUGCAGCUGCCUGCAUGAACCAGAAGCACUUGCUGCGCUUCAUUAAAAUGUCUUACCGUCGGGAUGCUGACCGAGUGGUCCACAACCUCCAAGGUCGUGAGGUCACCAUGAAGGAGCUGUUUGAGUCCCUCAACCUGCACCCUUAUGAUCUGACUGUGGACUCCCUGGACGUGCACGCUGGCAGACAAACCUUCCAGCGCUUUGACAAAUUCAAUGCCAAGUACAACCCUGUGGGAGCCAGUGAGCUGCGUGACCUUUAUCUGAAAACAGAGAACCACAUUGGAGGAGAGUACUUUGCCACCAUUAUCAAGGAAGUGGCUAGUGACCUGGAGGAUGCCAAGUAUCAGUAUGCUGAGCCUCGCCUGUCCAUCUAUGGCUGCAAUGCCAACGAGUGGAAUAAGCUCUCCAGCUGGUUUGUCAAGAACAGAGUCUUCUCACCACAACUUAAAUGGAUGAUCCAGGUCCCUAGGAUCUAUGACAUCUUCAGAGGCAGAAACUUUGUGCCCCACUUUGGAAAGAUGCUGGAGAAUAUUUUCCUGCCUGUGUUCCAGGCCACCAUUGACCCUCACUCCAACCCUGACCUCAGCCUUUUCCUGAAGCAUGUGACAGGCUUUGACAGUGUGGAUGACGAGUCCAAGCACAGUGGACACAUGUUCUCCACUAAGAGCCCCAAGCCUGAGGAGUGGGACAUUACCAAGAACCCCUCCUACACCUAUUACAUUUACUACAUGUAUGCCAACAUCGCAGUGCUCAACCAGCUCCGCAAACAGCGGGGUAUGAACACAUUCAUGUUCAGGCCUCACUGUGGUGAGGCUGGAGCCAUCACCCAUCUGCUCGCCUCCUUCAUGACAGCUGACAACAUCUCCCACGGCCUCAACCUCAAGAAGAGUCCAGUGCUGCAGUACCUGUACUUCCUGACUCAGAUUCCCAUUGCCAUGUCUCCUCUGAGCAACAACAGCCUGUUCCUGGAGUAUGCCAAGAACCCUCUGCUUGAGUUCCACCAGAAGGGCCUGAUGGUGUCUCUGUCCACUGAUGACCCCAUGCAGUUCCACUACACAAAGGAGCCCCUGAUGGAGGAGUAUGCCAUUGCAGCUCAAGUGUUUAAACUUAGCACCUGUGACAUGUGUGAGAUUGCCAGGAACAGUGUUUUGCAGAGUGGCUUGUCUAAUGAGGAAAAGACACACUUCUUGGGUAAGGAUUACCUGAAAGAGGGUCCAGAGGGAAAUGACAUCCGUAAGACCAACGUGGCACAGAUCCGUAUGGCCUACCGUUAUGAGACUCUGUGCUACGAGCUCAACCUCAUCAAGGAUGGCAUCAAGGGCGAGUGAAUAAACUAAGAGUAAACUAAAGCCUUAACAUUUAAAAAAAUUGCUUAAUGUUAGUUUCUUAACUUGUGACCCAUGUUGUAUGAUUUGGAAAAUAAUGUUCCCUGUAAAUUUAAUACAACUUCUUGCCCUUAUUUAAUUUAUGAAAUUUUACAACAGUAUGUAUAAUUAAAAAGAUUACGACA